GCUCGACCGGUGAAAUAAACAUGCGUUUUAUUUGUGCAACUAUUGCUGUGAUUUUGGUGGCUAGCGUUGGGGCCACCAUUCCAGAAAGAACAUACUUGCCACCCUCUGUGCACGUUCAGCACGUGCAACCACACUAUAUAUCGCGUCCAGUGGUGCAUCCUCAUAAUGUCUACUUGCCACCAGUGCAGCAGCAGCUUGUCUUCAGCUAUCACCCAUCAGCCCAUGUGGUAACAAGUCCAGUGGUGCACCAGGUGGUGCGACAGCAGCAAGUUUAUCAGUCGCCUGUUGCCAAUUACCAUACGGCGGGGCAACAUGUGGUGCGCCCUAACAAUGUUUACCUGCCUCCUGCUACGUACCAGCGACCGGUGGUGCAACAUGUUGUGCACCACCAGAGAGCUUAUGAAUCUCACUUUGCCGACUACCGCCCAGCGGUGCAGCAUGUGGUGCGCCCACAGAAUGUAUACUUGCCCCCUGCAACCGUUCACCAUCCAAUUGCUGAUUACAACUCGGUGGUGCGUCCACAGAACACUUACCUGCCUCCAGCUGGAAUCGACUUGAGGAGCGAUUUUGCCGAUAGACGCUAACCGGUUUUAAUGUUUUAUCCCACACCGCUAACUACAUAUUCAAAUGCUAAUUUUGGAUGGAAAUCCAGAAAUAUUUCGGCUUUAUUAGCAUCUAACCAAACUUGGCAGACAAAUACUUAAAUAGAAAACAACAUAAAUAAAAUCAUCAUAAAUAUAUUAAUAUAUAAAUCGUAGAACCAAAA